GGGCAGAGGCUGGGAAUAGCACCCCGCAAGCGCAACAAAAUCUCGCGCCCACCAGCGCAACCGUUUCAGUCGAACGUAGACGUUCGCCGUGCAAGCAACGGAAACUGCGCGCCGAAGCGAUCGCCACAGAUUCACGCCGCCGAAAAGCGAACACGUUUUCCGGGCCCUUCUCGGGCCAGCGUUGUCAUUUCAGUGCACUGUUUGGGAGUGGGUGUGCUUGUGUGUGUGUGUGUGUGUAUUUUUACCUCUCAUUUGAAUAGUUACCACCGUGAGAGUGUGUGUCGUGCCGUGCUGCGCAAUUUGAGUGGCAAAGAAGUAGGCUACGCCUGGUGGAAUCGUUCUAAUGACAGGAGAAGCGAAGAAAAAAACCCACAAAUAAGAACGAAUAAACAAAAACCCUUUUCCGCAGUGACAGUGCGUGUGUAUGUGUGUGAGAGAGAGAAAAAAAAGAGUGCUAAGUGUAUCAAAAUUGUUGCAGCGCACGAACUAAAAACCAAAACUCUGUCGCAGCAGCAUCCCCUCAUCCUCAACGGUCGUUUCCACGGGCUCAAAUAGCACAUCAACGUGCUCAACCUUGAACGCAGCAAGCGUGCCGCUAGCAGCAGUUGCUAGAGGCGAACCGGAAACAACAAAGCGAAAAGAAAAUAGAGCAAAAACAAAAAAAUUACAAAAAUGCUGUUCCGGCGACUUUUCCUGGCGAUGGUGCUGCUGGCCGCGGUCCUCGCUGUGGUGGCUAGGGAGGAGGGUGCGGCCGACCGGAAGCUCAACAUUGAUCCGGCCCUGCGCAAGGCGCUGCUGCGGGCGCUGCGCCACCUGAAGGAGCGCCAGGAGGAGGAAAAGCAGGACCAGCAGCAGCCGCUGGGCGACGCGAACACGACGGAGGAAAACUUCGCCACCACCAUCCUGGACGAGCUGCUCGAGGAGAGCACGGUGGCGGACGGGGCGCCGGCCCCGCCCGUCCCCAACUUCCAGACGUACGUCGCGAACGCCCGGGAGGACGACACGAUCGAGGGCGAGGUGGAGCAGCGGGACACGGGCGCGGUAGCGAUCGGGUCGGGCGAUGCGAACGAGAUCAUCAAGACGAUCAUCAUCGCGAAACCGAAGGCGUCACCCGUCCUGCCGAAGCUCGAGUCGGAAAACGAGAUCGUGCCGGUGGUCGGUUCGGACAGCCCGCCCGGCACGACGGUGGCACCGACCAGCACCACCCAGCAGCCCGAACCGGUGUCCACGACCCUCGCCCCGGUACCGACGACGCCCGCGCCCACCCACAACGAGGACGGCGAGAACAUCGAGCAGGUGAAGUCGGAGGACGUGAAGAUAUUCCAGGCACCGCUCGUGGCCGCCUUCACCGUCCAGCAGGAUCAGCUGGGCGUGCCGCGGAACGUGAUACCGCUGCUGCAAACGCCACCGAAGCAGCAGCAGCAGCAGCCAGCCGCCGGGACCGACUUUAAGCCCUCGCCGGUGAUACUGCCGGCCGCCCCGGCGGUGCCACUGCUGGCGCCGCUCCAGCCAGUGCCGUCCACGCAAGCGCUGCUCGCGCCGCUCAAGCCGGCCGCAGGGAUCGGGCUGAGCACGCGCGCCCUGGAGGAAAAGACGCACCAGCUCGAGCAGCAGCUGAUAGCGCUCCAGAACCAGCAGCGUGCCCAGGAGCAGCUGCUGCGGGCGAAGCUGCAGCAGGAGCAGGCCAUCAUACACCAGCAGCAGCAGCAGCUCCAGCAGCAGAAGCAGCGGCUCGAGGAGGAGACGCGGCUGCGCAUACAGCGGUUCGAGCAGGAGCAGCGGCUCUUCCGCCAGCAGCAGCAGCAGUUCCAGCAGCAGCAGCAACAGUUCCAGCAGCCGCCACCCUCCCAACAACAGCUGCCGCCGUUCAAGCCGCAACCGCUGCCACUGCAGCAGCAGCAGCAGCAGCCGCAACUCCCGCUAGCACCGCAGCCUACCUUCGUCCAGGAGCUGCCACGGCCUGGGCCCGCGGUACAGUUCAUACCGAGCGUCAGCCUGCCGGGCGGCAAACCGAUCCCGAUCUCGGUGGAGCAGCAGCUUCCCUUCAAGGAAGCUGUCGACUUCCAGCCCCAACAGCCGCCCCAGCAGCAGCAGCAGCAGCAGGGAGUCCAGACGACGACCUCCGUCGAGCAGGUGAAGGCACUAAGCCAGCCGCCGCAGCUAUCCCGCGACCAGGCCCUGCCGCUCAAACCGUUCCAGCCGUUCAAUCUGUUCCCAGUGCUGCCGCCGCUACUGCUCGGCCCGAGCCCCUUCGAUCAGCAGCAGCUGCCACCGCUCCAGCAGCGCAAUCGCGUCUUCCGACAGGAGCCGCCGUUCACCGGUAACUUCGGGCUCAACGGAGGUCCACCACCGCAGCAGCAGCAGCAGCAGCAGCAGGCACCGUUCCGUCCAUCCCAACCGCUUGCAUUCAACGGACAGCAGCAGUCACUCACCGACAGCCAGAAUCUGCAGAAUCUGCUCUUCCAGUCCGGCAUCACGUCCCGCUCGGCGGAGGAUUUCAACAUCAUCACGAAGGUGCUCGCCCUGAACCACGGCAUCCCGCAGGCGUCCUCCCAGCGCAUGUUCGCCAAGCUCAGCCCGGACCAGCAGCGGCAACUGCUGUUCCGGAAGUGAACAUCUCCAUCCUUACUCGCUCCCAUCGCCCCCACCACCACCAUCCACCUUCAUCAGAACGUUAACGUGUGGUCCGCUCGUUAGUGUGGUUUUGGUUAGCUAACCUCAUCUCUGCCAUAUUUAUUAUUUGUCACCACUACACCAUCCCAAUCCACUGCUGCCGAUGGCGCGUAGCCCAACAGUGGGACGGUAUUUUCCUUUUCCCUUCAUUCUUAUCACUGUCGACAUACUCUUUCCUGCCUUCUGCCACAUUUGAGCCUAGCUUCUACCAUCUGGUUAGAAGUUCACGCCUUUUUGCCGCAGAUAGGUCCUCCUCCUCUGUGUCUCCUCUAUCUCUUGCUCUUUUAUGCUAGUAUUGUAAGGAAUAGUACGUACGUCGGCCGUCUUGGCGUUUUGCACUGCCGUGGUGAGCCACAUUCAGCCACGCUAGCGUGUAGGAUAUUCUAAAUCCCUGUCCGGAGGCCUUAUCCCUCCCAUUUUUGUUUUAAGUUUCUUUCAGACGUUGCAGGUUGCAUUGCCGGCAAACGCAGUCGCGGCUUGCGAUUGGAGAUUAUUAAGUAGCUCUUUAGUAUUGUAUUUCCUCGCCGGUCGGUUCGCAACGAUCGGUUGAUUCACUGAAAUAAAUGGUACUAUAAUUAAGACGGCGAAAUACGGCGGGCAGUGGUUGUGUUUCUUCUUUGCCGAUCAAAU